GAACUACGAAACCUCACCCCGAGCGUGCGCUGUUUGUUCUGCAGGCUGCACUCUGCCCGUAUCCUGCUGCUGACCGUUGGACGGCGCCAUGGAGCCCAGCGGGUGCGCCGAGCAGCUGCUGAGCCUCAAGACCAGCAUCGAGAGGCUGCGCCGGAGCGUCAACGUUGAGCUGGACAACCUGAGCGCAGUGCUGGACACACUGGCCCACAAGGAGAGUAACCGCAACAACAGGGUCAAUGGCAGCCACACUAGCGAGUCUCAGCUUCGCAAGAAGAGCUCACCUGGACAGGACCUUCCAGAGAAGUUCUUCGCCAUUCGGGAGAGUCGUAUUGUGGAAAUUAUGGCCAACGAACACAUCCGGACAGUGUUCAACAUCUUCGUGGCUUUUCUGUUCCUCGUUACAGUCAUACUGAUCACAUCCUACUUUUACGAUCCUCAAAGGCUACACGACGACAUGUCGACCAUCGUGGUCAACUCCACGGGCAUCGUGGGCGUCUUUGGCCAUCUCAUUGCCAUCAACCUGGCUAUUCUGUUCCUCCUGCAUCCAUCGCUGCAGCUCUGGGCUAACUGUCGAGCGCUCGGCAAGAGCGGGCCCGUGGACGCAGUUUUCGGCAGCCUGUUCGCGCUGUUCCUGGGCUGCGUCACCGUGUUUCCUGUGCGCUACAUCUUCGUCAACGAGCUGCCUCCUCUGUCCUCCUGCAUCCUCGCCUUCGAACAGGUACGACUACUGAUGAAAGCGUACGCGUACACGAGGGAGAUUGUUGGCCGAGUGCUCAAGCACGCGGAGCUGAAAGCGAAGAGUGAAAACAACCACGUGGAGCUGACGCUACCGGGACUCUCCUGCGUCCUCUACUUCCUUUUCGCGCCCACUCUGAUCUACAGGGAUUCCUAUCCCAGAACGCCCAAGGUUCGCUGGGGUGCCGUGCUGUGGUACACGGGCCAGUUCUUCGCGUGCGUGGCCAUGUAUUCCGUGGUGCUGAACCACUUCAUCAAGGACCUCUUCUGUGACGCCGGCAAGGAAGGGUUCCAGCUGUUGGGCUUCACGCUCACCGGCUGUGCCAUUAUACUGCUGGGCAGCAUCAGCAUGUUCCUCGUCUUCUACGGCUUUCUUCACUGCUGGCUCAACAUUUUCGCCGAGGCCAUGCGCUUUGGAGACCGACUCUUCUACCUGGACUGGUGGAAUAGCACUAGUUACGCGGACUACUACCGGUCUUGGAACUUGGUCGUUCACGACUGGCUCUUCAAUUACGUCUACCGUGAUGCGUACAAGGCCUUCAAUUAUAACAAGAAACUGGCCAUGCUGGUUGUUUUCUUCCUGUCCGCCCUGGUUCACGAAUACAUCCUGGCGCUCAGCUACCGAUUCUUCUUUCCCGUCGUCCUGGUCGUCUACGGCACCCUCGGAGUGGCGCUGAUGUUUGCGACGAAAAAGAAGACGGCACGCUUCUGGAACGUGUUCCUGUGGAUCACGCUAAUCGCCGGAUGGGGGAUGAUACUCAUCUUUUACACAGUCGAAUUCUACUCUAGGAUCAACUGCCCCACGUCCAAGGUACGUACAAGUCGUGUCCGGGCGAUCGCCUGAACGAGCUUGCGUGCG